AUGGAAGCUCCAUAUCCAAUGGCUGCUCAGCAGAUUCAAUUCUACCAAUACCGGCCAGACUCGGACGCACGACAUAACGCGGUGUUCACUCCAAUGCCCAGCGAGCAACCGGUAUUCAGCCCCAUGGCUGGAUACCCUCAGCAGUAUAUGGCUCCUCAAUACUGGCAAGCACCUCCUCACUUUGCCCGAGCUCAUUUCAUGCCGCAGCAGGUCAUGACUCCCAAGGCCUCACCACCGCUGACACUGGCCAUGCCAAUGCCUAAGAUCAUCAUGGACCACAAUGGACAAAUGGAACAUGGACACUUCCUCGAGAGCAGGCACUCUUCACCACCCACUCCAUGCCUUUCCGCAUGUCCCAGCACGGCCAGCAGCCCGCCGUCUAGUAGUGUCAACCAGACUCCGGUGCACGGGGCAGGCUACUUCAACCUGCCCAUCGAGGCCGCAAAGGAGGAAAUUCAGCCUCUGCCCAUUUUGGACGACUGGUCGGAGAGCGGACAAGUUCACAUAUUCCCGCAUCCCGGCGAUGCCAAGCUCUUACCCGGCACUUUGGCCACGGCCACUGCUCAGACUUCCAACAGCACUUCUACCAACACCACCUCCAGUGGCUGCACAUCUCCCGCUUUAGUCCCGGCUUCACCCCAAUCUCAGGUCUCGCCCUCUACCUACCCCGUCGCCGAGUUCGUCAACCUGCGAGAAUUGACCUCCACCUCCUUUGAACCUGUCGUGUCUGCUCCUCUCCAGAGCUUUCCCCCUUUGCCCACUCUGUCCGCGGAGGACGACGAGCACAAGUUUGCGCUGGGCAACACCGCCCUUCCCAUCACUCCCGAGCAUGAUACAGCCGAUCCUUUCACUCUCGCUGAGAAUCCUUCCUUCGAUUCGUCCUUCUGCACCGAUCUUGACUCCGAGGACGAAUUCGGCUUUGUGAACUUCACCGACCCUGAGAUUGUCUACAACGGUGACAAACGGCAAAAGUUGUCACUCGGGGAAGAGGAGGAUUUUCUCAGCGUUCACAGCUUCGGCAGCUUUGAUGACGAAGACCACGUCGCGCACGCCGGUCUUCCUUCGCCCCCUGUGUCUUCCUUUUCUGACGCCGGCUCCUGCUGUACCAGCAAAAAGAAGUCUCAACGCAAGAUGAAGCGCAACGGCUCGGCAGACAGUGAUCUCGACUUCCAACAAUUCAGCCAAUCUGAUGCUCACAUCCACAGCCGAUCCGAAGGCCAAAACACUUCCUCUGCCACUCCUCAAGGCCAGCCCAGCUCUACUGACGAGAACAACACGUCCGUUCCUGCCGAUGGCUCUGUUCCUUCCCAACAAGCUCCUGCCAACCGCCGUGGCCGAAAGCAGUCUCUGACCGAGGACCCCUCCAAGACUUUUGUCUGCACUCUUUGCUCUCGUCGUUUCCGUCGCCAGGAACAUCUCAAGCGUCACUACCGCUCCCUCCACACUCAAGACAAGCCAUUCGAAUGCAAUGAAUGUGGCAAGAAGUUCUCGCGUUCGGACAAUCUGGCUCAACACGCCCGUACCCACGGUAGCGGUGCCAUCGUGAUGGGUGUUUUGGAGAAUGGAGAGCUCCAGCCUCAUCAGCCCUACGAUGAGGAAAUGGGUCAUGUUCUCUACGAAGCUGCUCAACGAGCGGCCCUGGCCACUUCUUCCAGCAGCAGUGGCUCUGAGGCAUCCUCAUCUGGAGAUAGCAAACGUCUUCUCAAGAAGAGAAAGCGGGAUGAAUCUAUGUAA